AUGAAGCAGCAAAUACUCGUCUGCUUGGGCUACGUUCUUCUACUUGGCGCUUCAGCUGAAGCCUUGGCGAAGGAAAAUACAAUUUUCUCCGCCAACAAGAGAUUGAUGGACCAAACGCUACAAGUUAUGAGCCACCGCAGGGAUCCUUGUGAGAAUUUUGUAGAUUAUGCCAAAGGCAAUUACGGACCAAGUAUGAAUUUGUACUAUCACUUUGACCUUCACAUGAAUUUAAAGUUCCUGGUGUUAUUCGAGCAACUAAAAUAUAUGACUUUCGAAACGGGAAGUCUGGAGGAGAAGGUGCUCCACUUCUACAAGACCUGCGAAAUGGCUAAAGAGAACGAGCUUGAGGAUUUGAACUAUUUGGACAUUGUGCAGCCGUCUGACAGUUUUUCCUGGCCACAUCAAACUCCAUCGGGAACUGAGUGGCCCAAGGAGAAGUUUCAAUGGCUGGAAACGCUCGCCCGAUUGAGCCGCUUUGGUAUGAAUGCGUUUAUUCAAAUGAAUCUUGAAUUAGAUCAUCAGGGUGGGACCAGCGUGUACAUGAUAUUGAUUGGAAGACAUUAUUUUGAAGUAACGUCAUAUUAUAAUGCUGUAAAAAGUGCGGAAACUCGUUUGAUUCGUCAGGGAUUCGACAAGAGUCGGACUGAGUUUUUUAUGAGAGGUAUGCAAAAUCUGCAUAAAGAUCUAUUAAAGUUGCCCGCUCUUGACAAACACGAAAGAAGGCGUAUGACUCUGCAAGAGCUAGAAAGUGACCAUGGAGUUAAGCUCGGAAAAUAUCUCGAGAUCGCUUUUGGUCGUCCAUUUCCCCCAGAAUUCGUAGUGUUGGUGGAUUAUCUGGACUUUCUGAUAAAACUAAACCAAAUUAUGACCUCCUUCGACCAAGAAACGGUAGCAAUCUAUAUGAUGAAUCUCUUUGCCGAUCAUACCACAUCGUCGAUAUAUGUGAAGACCUAUCGAGACUAUGAUUUCUUGUGCGUCAAUAUUGUACAAUACCUAAUGAAAUCGGCCAGCUAUCUGCUUUAUGAAGAGCAUGUCCUGGGACCCAAGAAAGUCAAGGAGUACGAAACGGAAGUUCAAAGGGUUUUUAAAGCGAUUCGGGAGCAGUUUAAACUGAGGCUAGAUACCAACCGCUUGAAUCUAACGACAUCUAAUAUAUCAUUACUUCAGAACAUAUUGAGUUCCCUGACCGUUAGUGUUGGCAAUGUACGUAGGAAGCAGGAUCGUGGCUACUUAACUGAUCUCUACGCCGAUUUAAAUCCGGAUGAUGAUUUUUCAACCAUGCAUUUAAAGGCCUUGAAGGCGCAUAUCCAAAUUGGUUGGCAGAAAUUGGACAGCAUAGAGUUAACCGAGCCGAGUGGAACCGCCAUCGAUGUUCCCUUUGGCAAUUUGGAGGAGCCCUUUUUUGCAAUCCGUGGUCACGACGUAUUUAAGGUCAGCCUUCUUGGAUUUAAACUUGCGGAACAGGUGCUGUCGGCUCUAUUUCCGUAUCCAAAACUUCCCUUUACCGGUUGUCACAAGUACAAUGAGUUGAUUGAAACACUCGAUGAUCUUGGAAAUUAUGUUGACCGUUCUCCCUGCAUUAGUCCGCGCGAAACCGAAAUGUGGAACUACAAGGAAAUCCUUGUGGUGAUUUUGAAUCUGGUGCAGGAUGCAUAUUUCUCAGCCGGAUCGGAGUUUGAUCAGACUCAACCCAGCUUCACCGAUAAGACGCUGAAAGAGCUCUUCUACUUACAUUUCGCCCAGAAUAAACUCGAUAAAUACUUUUACCAGAGCCAAGAGGUCGGUAAGCCUCCGCGUAAUUUGUUGCUAAACAUUCCCAGUUUUGUAGAGGCCUUUAGCUGCAACGUAUCUCGCAAAGUGUAA